UCCACACGGCCAGGGGGCGCAGCGGGAAGCAGCAGCGCUCUCGCAGGCAGGAGCAACAACCAGUGAAGAAGAGCCGCACUGAGCCGCACGCGCGUGUGUAUGAAAAUGGGCAAAAGGAGGCAAAAACAUCCUAAUUUAAAUAAUUUAUCUAAAAAACAAAAGAAACAUCUGAAAGAAUUCGGAGAACAGCACCCGUUUGACGACAUUGUUACUGACAGACCUGAGAAAACCCAGAUCGUCCGCUUGUCCAACAGUCCGCAAAACUCCGGCUCCGAGAGCGAUGGAGAAGCGGAGGAGGAGAAACCCACUGCGUAUGAAAAGCUGCUGUCGACCAUAAACACCGCCGCCGCCGGUGGUGGUGAUGACAGUGAGGAAGAGGAGAGCGAGGAGGAAGACCGUGAAGACGCUGCAGAGGAAUUGGACGACCCUAACGAAGAGGAAGAGGAAAUUGGAGAUGAUGAUGAAGAUGAUGGUGGUGAUGAAGAAGAGGAAAUAGGUGGCGAUGAUGAUGGUGGUGAUGAUGAAGAGGAAACCGGAGAAAGCGGGAUGCAGAAGGAGCAGGAGGACGAGUUCACCGAUAAAACGCGUGAAGCCGAGUUCAGUUUGGAGUCGAACCUGCCUGCGGAUGGAGAGCAGGAGAAAACGGACACGUCACGAGAAGACGUGUUUGUGGAGCAUCAGGAAGCAGAGCUGAGCGAAGCCGAGGUGAACAGGAUCUCAAAUGGCUCCAAGAUCAGGACUCGGGUUAAGUGGUCCAGACUGGGUGUCCUGCACUGCGCACGUCCCCUCGAGCGCCUUCCUGCCGUGGCUCAGUCCUCGUCAGUCCCUCUCCCACUUUUCCAUAAAACGCUGGAAUCGAAAUGGCGUUCCCUCAAUCGCUCCUCCUCCUCCAAGCCCGAAGGGGGCGACGCAUCGGGACUCACAGACCUGCAGGACGAGCUGCUGAGGCUCAUGGGUUCCUACAGGGAUGUUUAUUACCCAGAAUGCUCUGUGCUGGACGGGGUGGCGGAGACUCGCCGAGCGUACUGUCUGCACGCUCUCAACCACGUCUUGAAGGCCAACUCCAGAGUCCUUACCCAUAAUGCCGUGCUGAAGGAGGCGAAGGGCGGGGACGAGGACGAGUUCAGGGAUCAAGGGCUCACCAGACCCAAAGUUCUUAUCCUGGUUCCGUUUCGAGACGGAGCGCUCCGCGUGGUCCAGACCUUCAUCUCUCUGCUGGAGAGCGACGGGAAAAAGAUGGACGUCAGCAACAAAAAGAGGUUUAAAGACGAGUACGGAGAGAAGCCCAACUCCAAACCGGGCGGUCAGCACCGACCCGACGAUUAUCACGCCAUCUUCUCCGGAAACGUGGACGAUCACUUCAGGAUCGGUGUGUCCAUCCUCAAGCGCAGCAUGCGUCUCUACUCCCCGUUCUACUCCUCCGACAUCAUCGUCGCGUCUCCUCUGGGGCUGAGGACGCUGAUCGGCGUGGACGGAGACGCUCAUCGGGACUUCGACUUCCUGUCCUCCGUGGAGCUGCUGGUUCUGGAGCAGAGUGACGUGUUCCUCAUGCAGAACUGGGAGCACGUGCUGCACGUGAUGAAGCACAUGAACCUGCAGCCGCUGGAUUCUCACGGCGUGGAUUUUUCCCGCGUGCGCAUGUGGAACCUGAACAACUGGGCGAGGUUUUACAGACAGACGCUGGUGUUCAGCUCCAUCCAGGAGCCGCAGAUCAACAACAUCCUCACCAAACACUGCCACAACUACAGAGGACAGGUUUUGGUUAAAAAUCUGCCCAAAACAGCCUCCAUCUGCCAGGUGCUGGUCCAGCUGCCGCAUGUCUUCCAGAUGUUUCACACCGACAGUUUUAUGGACCAGGACGACAGGUUCCAGUUCUUCGUGGAUAAGGUUCUCCCACAGUACCGGGACUCCGUGAUGUCUCACACGCUCAUCUACGUGCCGUCGUAUUUCGAUUUUGUGCGUCUGAGGAACUAUCUGAAGAAGGAGGACGUGAGCUUCUCCGUGAUCAGCGAGUACUUGGAGAGGUCGGAGGUUUCCCGCGCUCGCCACUACUUCAGCACAGGAGAGAAACAGUUCCUGCUCUUCUCCGAGAGGUUCCACUUUUACAAGAGGUACACCAUUAGAGGAAUACAGAAUGUGAUAUUCUACGCUCUGCCCACCUACGCUCACUUCUACAGCGAGGUGUGUAACAUGCUGCAGGUCGGCGGCUCUGACGGCGUGACGAGUUCGGCCAGCUUCACCUGCACGGCUCUGUACUCCCGCUACGACGCCCACAGACUGGCGGCCGUCACGGGGGCCGAGCGAGCCGCCAGCAUGGUCCAGUCCAACAAGUCUGUCCAUCUCUUCAUCACGGGCGAGGAGAAGCGGGUGUGA